AUGGCGCCAGGCGGCACCGGCCGAGUGAUCUCAACUUCCUUGCUCCUCGCCGUCCUAAUCGCCGCCUCGGCGGCCACGAGCUUGUGCGCAGUAGUCGCCGCCACCGCAAACGCACCGGCGAGCGGCGGCGGCUCGGUUCAUCAGCAUCAGGCUGGCGGUGGCGCUAACCGCGGGAUGUCCGCAAGCCGGUUCCUCGGCACUGCGGCUGGCCGUCGCGCGUGCCGCCGUGGGUACCCUGCUGGCGCGUGCUCCGGCUCCGCCGGCGGCGCGGCCGCCGGCGAACGACGGCGGCUCCAGUGCUGCGGCGGCUUUUGCACCGACGUGCUCGCGAGCGCGAGCAACUGCGGCGCGUGCGGAAAGCGGUGCGCGUUCGGCCGGCUGUGCUGCGGAGGGCGGUGCGUCGCGGUGGCUUACGACGCGGAGAAUUGUGGCGCGUGUGGCCGGGCCUGUGCCCGCGGGCUCCCGUGCACCUACGGCAUGUGCGGCUACGCUUAA